GUCAAUCUUGCUUGACAUAUCUUCUGUCGAUCCGGCAGCGUUCCUGCUUUCUCCGAACAGACGCAGGUACACUCGAAGCCAAUUUUCCACAUCGAAAAGGCCGAGCGUGGUCGUCAUAGUGCGAUCAACAUGUCCAACGCACAAUCUCUCUCAGCAACAACACGCCGUGCCUCCACGGUCCUUCCUCUUGACAACACAAAUCAGCUCACUCGACCAUUGACAAGAGAAUCGGCUACCACUCCAGCUCAAGAUGAGGACUCACAAGCAGAACGCCCACGCAGCCGUCGCGUGACGAGUUAUCACCAUCCUUUCCAGACUCGCUGCUCGCCAUGCGACGACCCUGCACCAUCCUAUGCGGUAGCAGCCCGCACUUCGAGAUUUCCGCCCGCCCCUCGAUUCCUGGACAACGGGAAAGAGGUUUUGCCAAAAUAUACAUGCACUGUGUCGAGAGAGGGACCAAUGCAGAUGCGGAUUGAGAAGAUCUCGCCUUUUCAAUACCUACCAAAGCAGGACUUCCGCACUGUUUAUGUUGUGCUUAAUGGCACCCAGCUGAGCGUCCACAAGAUCAAGACUGUUCAGCUUGCUGGUCACUCUUUGCCCACUGCUGGAAAGCUGAUCAAGCGAUACUCUACUCAACACGCCGAAAUCGGACUGGCAACCGAUGUUCAGUAUCAGCAGCUACUGCCGGCAACCCGUUUAGCGCACUUCAUUCCCACCGCUGCACGUCGCAAGGCUUUUGAAAAAGACCCUGCCCUCUUUACUCCCAUUUCUCAGGUCGUCUUGCGCCUGCGUCUCGAGACUGACCAGUUCCUCUUGGCAGACCACUCCGAGGAGCGCAUCUUCCGUUGGAUACACGACCUUUCUGCGAGCAUUGACAUCUCGCUACCACUUGAUGAGCGAUCCGCACCGAAGCCGUGUACCAUUCCUAGACGUCGACGUAGGCAGCGAACACAGGAAACGGAGAACAUCAACGAUCAGACUGUGAUUGAAGAGCAAGAGCAGAUUAUGCGAGAAUUGUACCCUUCUCUGGCGAGAUCAAUUGAAGGCAGAUCGGAAGGCGCGGCUCUCACCCGUACUGAAAGUGCAGACGACACCAAUGCCCUUACUCUCACCGCCACGAUGGACCAAGAGACCGAGGACAUUGAUCUUUCCUUCCUGGCUGAGGAUCUCGGCCCAGAACAACAAUCUUCUCGACCGAUUAACCUUCGUCAGACGACGUCUUCGACUGUUUCCACAACGACAUCUUCAUUCCAAUACGAGACAAGUCCUGAUAAUUUGGGUCCUGGGGGAAAGUGGGCACCUCCACAUGCUCGAACAACUGCUUCGCAGUGGCGAUACAUCAAGCGCUGCAUGCCUACUCUGCUAUUCGAUGCCCCUCGCGCAACCGACAUCAUCAUGUGCCACGGUCGUCGCCUGAGGGUCAACACGAAGAUGGAUAUGCUCGAGGAAUGGGAGCUGUCACCGCCUUCCUACGAUAUUCACGAGUUCCCCGAGGGACUCGAUCGCUCAAUCACCAUGGCGUCUUCUCUCGCCACUACUCCAUCCACCAUUACAGCAUCAAGCAUCGAUACUCAGGAUGGCAAGGCUGCUGCUAUUACUCACCACAUCCCCGAGGGCGAUAUCAAGAGAAGCGUGCAUGCCACUGCUACCACACGUACCAAGAUCCCAGAGCGUACGUUGAUGGAAGAAGGCCUUGUGGUGGUUGCUUUCUAAGCCAAACGUCCGAAACGAAUCAACGCUUCUACGAACCAACUGACGAAUAUAUGCUGCGGUCGAUGAGCUUAGCACCCUUCGGUACUAUUCUCUUCUCAAGACGCACUCGUUUUGUCUUCUUCUACUAUCUCCAUUUCUUCCUUCUCUCCUCUCG